AUCCAAUUUGUGAGGCUGUCAUCUUUCACUUUAUCCAUAUCAAGUUAUCAACCCACUUUGAUUCCUGAAAGUUGUGUCUUGGGCACUAAACGUUCUUGAUUUGCAGAAACUCUGCAUACUAAAAUGGCUUCCAAUCUUGUAAAAUUCCACUCUCAAUUCAUCAGAACUUCAAACCCCAAUUUCCAUUUCAAGCUGACACAAAUUCAGUAUCCAUCUUUCUUCUCCCCUCCACGCCAUCAUCAUCAUCUUCUUCACUGUGAUCACCUUUCUAUUUCCUUAACCAAAUCAAGAUUCCCCCAGUGUGCUCUCUCCUCCCCCACCCCACCUACCACCAAGGAAGAAGCUAUUUCCCAGGCAAAGACCUCUCUUUCCACCAGUUUAGAGAAGCCCCUCAACAAUGCCAAACUCGCCGGCCGGCUCAAGAAGCUAAAGCAACCCAGAUUCCGGGUCGAGAUUCCGGUGAUCGAUGACUCGCCCUCUUCACUCUCUCAGCUCGCGGUUGAUGUCUUUGCAGACAUGCCCAUCAAAAGGAAAGGGUCUAAAAUCAAGAUUCUGAUUCUGUGGCCGGAUAAGACUAAAGCCUUCGAAACUCGUUCUUCGAGCACCAUAGUUGAAAACCUAGACGUUUUGUCGGUAACUAACGGGGACGACAAUAGCAGGGUUUUGAAUUCUUCCGAUGUGGUUGUGUUUUUGGGGCCGGAGGUUUCACAGCUUGAAGCUAUGAAGAAUAUCACUGACAGUUUGUACCCAAAGCCCGUGGUGAUUUUCAACCCCAAAUGGGGGUUCGAAGAAGAGGGCAGCUUUGGAGAGCUGAGUGGAUUUGUGGGUUCAUUUGAAGUAGUGUACUCAUUCAUGGGAUUGGAGGUUAGAGGGGUUCUGAACAGAAGAAAAGGUGUGGUUUUUAAGUGUGUGAGAGAUGGGGUUUUGAGCGGUGAGAAAUGGAACGUGUUGGUUGAAGAAGAGGGAGGAGAGUUGAAGCUAGUCUCCACAUUCAAAUCAAGGCCAUCCAUCACUGAAGUUGAGAAUGUUCUGUACAACUUGAUGGCCAUGAAUUCUCCACUCACAAAGUCUGCAAAGUUCUUGAAGGGCUUGAUGUCAAAUGUAACUGUAGGAGGGCGUUACCUAUGCCCGAACACUUGCUUUCUCCGUCAAUGGUGUCCACAGCCGUGAACAAGAACACGAACCGGAGAAGAAACGUGAAGAGCAGGAGGGAGUAGAAGACGACGCGAAAGGACACCCGUCUCGACACAAUUCUGAACUUGAUGAACUCCUUCACGCCUUUGGUGGGAAGCACCGUCACGUGCCUCAGGCUCGGGGAUAUGUGAAGCUGCAUUUCCGAUACUCGAGAAACGAAACGAAACCACCCCGCUCCCCGGGAUUUCUUCCUUUGCUAGUCUUGUCUC